GCAAAAAGACUCAAGAGAACACCACAAGGACAGUUCAUUGGCACAAAACAGUGUCAAUAUGGGUAACAUUUAAAUAGAUGAGCACUGAAGGCACAGUACAGGACUUCUGCUAUGGUGACAAUUGGACAUGACAGUCACUACUUCUAAUACAAGAACUACGAGGCACCAAAUACUACUAGUAAAAAACAGGUUCAGGUCAAACAAAAGCUAGUGAUUCUUCACAUAGGCAAGGCUGGUCUAUGAAAGCACUGAGUAAAGGAUGUAGUAGAUGCUAGCAGUUUACUGUUUCAAAAGACAGCUGGGCAAAUUUAUGGUAGAGAACUUUACCAACAACUGUCAAGUGGGAAAAGAAAAAUAGAAAAACAGCCCAACCAAACAACAAAUCAACAACCCACACACAAUACAUUGACUUAAAAUUCUCCAAAUCAUAAAACUGCUUAGGAAACUAUUCUGAGAGAACAUUCCUAUCAAAGAAUUGUUAAAUUCUUCCCCAGAUUGUUCCCCAAUUAAAGACCAUUGCCAAUGCAAGACGACAACCUACAUAUACCUUGAACAGUACUCCAUCAGAUUGUGUAGACAUCUUUCUUUUUAAACUAAUAAAACCCUUCUAAACAUGAGCAUCAUUUUCAAUGCAGCUCAUUUUCAAUUGCUCAUAUAUUAAUUUCAUAAUGCUUGACUCACUCUGUCUCUCCCUUGCCUUCCCUUUCUCUCUUUUCAGAUUAAGGAAAAUCCAGAUGGGGUGCAGGUGCUGCAAAAUGAUACAAAGCUAUAUCUUUGAUCCAGAAGAAGUACGAUCAUCUGGAUGCAUUCACGAAGGAAACAGCUAUAAAUACAAUGAACAAGGCAGCAAUAAAUCCAGAUUCAAAGAGAAUAGUGAAAAUGAAGAACCCAAAAAUGAACUCCAAAAAGAUGUGGUAAACAAAACAGAAAAUAAAAACACCAUAAACUGUACAACAGAAACUCUCUGGAACCACAGAGGCAAUGAUUGUCAAGAGGAUGGUCUUGUGAAGCAUGCUGUAAAGCUUGAUGUUGCAGUCAAUGGUGGCAACUCCUGUGCUCAGCACCCCAUGCUCAACCCCAACACAAGCCCAAUGAAAGAAACCAGUGCAAAGGGAACUUUCAGCCAGCCAGAGGCUUCUUCAGCCAGUAAUAAAGACUUUCACACCAAAACAAAUAGGUAUGGACAAGAACUUGACCUAGAGACAGGCAGUCAGAAUAAGGCAGCCAGCAAUGUGCCUAACAGUAUUCCAGACUCCCAGUCUGCAGAAGACAGCAUCUUUCUCAAAGGAAACUCAAUACUGGAGACAGAAGACAAUGCCAUAAGACUGCCAGGUAUUGAUUAUCCCCAAAAUGGCAAUCAAACUGGGAACUAUGUUGAAAACGACAGCUUUUCAGUCAGCUGUGCACAUUCAAACCGAAACACUGGUGUUUCAGCAAUACAGAACCAGGACCUUUGUGUAGUCCCACCUUGGCCUGUGAAAGAGACUUGUAUUGAACCUUUUAAAAGUGACUCUGUGAGGCUGAGUGAGAGCCUUACUGGUGGUAUCACUGCAGCAGCUGUUACCAAAGACACACAGGCACCCACACACACCAGUCAUAAAGAUGUCAAUGGAGGAAUUGAGGAGGAAGAUGCAGAAGUUGCAGCAGCUCUGGCUGCACUGGAAGCUGCAACAGCAGGAGAAGACCUGGAAGAUGAUGAGUACUAGAUGGUUUCUUUCUAAUACACUGGGUAAGAUCCAGAUGUUAUUGCUGGAUCCAUAUGAACAGAUGUACAGCACACAUG